UUUGCUGCUACCACCCUUAUUUUUUCUUGUCCUAUUCUUUCCCUCCUCACUCUUUUCUUCCCUUUGUUUUCCCCCUUCCUCCCUCACUCUUUUCCUUCUUCCUAUUUCUUCGACACUCAGUCGUUUCUAGCCCAAUCACCAAGGCCGCCAUCGCUAACGCUGUUCAGGUUUGAGAUUUUUUUCUUUUUGAAGUUAAAAACUGUCUGAAACUGGAACCGAUUUCGGUUUCGGUGUGCCGGUUCGAAAACCGGCGGGUGAACAAAUCUCUUUCUAAGAAUCGUCCAUGGCCUAUUGCAUUCGAAUAUUGUGUUUUGAUGAUUUAAAAAAGUUGUAUUGUUUCAUUCUGUUGAAGUGUAUUUAUUGAGAGAAUUAUAUUGUGAAUUGGAAUCGAAUGAAUGCUUCCCCGAUGAUAGCUAGAAAUCGCAAGUCAUAUUUAAGUGAUUUUGUAUUGUUUAUUUUGUGAAUGCAGAGGGCAAAUAUGCGUAAUUGAUAGAAUAAGUAAAGAAAAGUUCAGAUUUGCACGGUCAUGGCCAUGACUAACUACACCCUCACCGCAAAAUUUAAUUAAAGACCAAAAAAAUCUAACUACAAAAUAAUUAAGGCAAAAAUUAAAUAAAAUGGGAGGGGUCACACGUUUCAUAAAAAAGAGAACGGCCAGACUGAUAGACUCAUAGAUAGCGCAUGAGCAAAUCGACAGAGAAGAUUUUUCCAUUUCACUGUGACUUUAUCUUUCUCUUUUUCUUUGUUAUUUGAUUAUGGAGUAGAUACUUUUCUGGUUGGAGGGGUGAUAAUGUUUUUUGUUUUGGAUAUUCUUAAUUUUUUUUAUAAAAGUUCUUUUUUAUUAUCAAUAUUUGUUUAAUUAUGAAAAUAGUGUUUGUGGUUGUUAGAUUGAUUGAAUAUUUUGGUACCGAUAUUUGAAUUAGUUUGAUAAUCUAAAGUCAAUUCAGGUAGGAUAUCCGUAAUUGUAUUUGCACUUAAAUAGGUGAACUGGGUUGAAUAGUUCAUUCCCGGGGUUAGACAAUCAAAUCUAAUUGCUCCUCUUAGCUAGUAAUUGUUUUGAAUUGGAUUUUUCUAGAUUAGAAUGCGAUUAUGCAAUAUUUCUUAUGGGGGCACCUAGGUUUAUUUGCUUAAUUAGGGUGGUUAACGAUCGUACCUUAAUUACUUACACUGUAAGGAAAAUUGGUUGUCAGAGCUUGUUGAUAACUAUAACAAAUUUAUUGAUACUUUAAUAAGAACUAACUUUAUUGAAUUAAUGACAAAACACAAGUGUCAUAACUGCAUCAUCCCUUGAGCCAGACAUCCCCUUAAUAGCUAGUUCUCCCUUAAUUUAAUUGCUUUGUUAUUUUAUUUUCAUUAGAUAAUAAAAGAAAAUUCCCUUUUUUUAUUUACUGCAUUAGAACACGAAAAGAGUGAAUCACACAAUCCCUGUGGAGACGAUUCCUUCCCCUGUAUUACAUUAAAUUGUGAUAACGGAAUAUGUGAAAUAUUUGAUUGAUCGUGCGAAAGGUCAAUUUUUGGCGCCGUUGCCGGGGAUUGGCGCUUUGUUUUACUCUUUUGUGUUAUUUUCAUUUAUCCUCCUGUUUAUGUCCCGUUUUUCUCGUACAAGUGAAUUGAUAUUUAAUCUUGAGAUCGAGAAGGUUAAGCGAAAGCUACGAAAGGAAGCCAAGCAACGAAAAGCUGCUCAGGUUGCGAAACUGGCAGAAUUUUAAAACCACCUCAAAAUCUCUAGCUCUAGCGACUUUGAAAGUGAUCAAGAGACUGUUAUGACUGAGGAUACCCGCACUCUAAGGGAGUUGGCUGCUCCCGACUUGGUGAAGAACCUCACAAACACUUGCAAGAGUUCGACGUGGUGUACUCCAGCAUGAAACCACCAAGUGUUACUGACGAACAGAUCAAACUCAGAGCUUUCCCAUUCUCACUCAAAGAUGCUGCAAAGGAUUGACUCUACUAUAUCCCACCUGGAAGCAUCGACACGUGGAACGACAUGAAAAUAAAUUUUUGGAGAAGUACUUUUCAACUUCCAGAGCUGCGAUCCUGAGGAAGGAGAUAUGUGGCAUCAAGCAACAAUCAGGUGAAACGCUCCAUGAAUAUUGAGAGCGAUUCAAUAAGCAUGUCCACAACAUCAAAUUCCCCCUAAACUAUUGAUUCAAUACUUUUACGAUGGUUUGUCAUUGAUGGAAAGGAACAUGAUCAAUGUUGCAAGUGGUGGAGCUUUAGUAAAUAAGACGCUAGCACAAGCUUGGGAUCUUAUUGCGAAGAUGGCUGAAAACACGCAACAGUUUGGCUCGAGGGAUGUUGGACGGUUGAGCGAAAACAGUAACGACCAUUCUAUCCAAUCGAUGCAGCAAUAACUUCAUGUGUUGACGAGCUUUGUUCGCAAGAUGGUCGUGGAAAAAUCUAACUCGAGUGUCCAAGCUACCCUACAAGUGCAAGCCACCCUACAGAUUCAUGUCUGACCUCUAAGAAGGCUAUGCAGUGGAUGUAAACGCUGCAAACUAUGGUGUGAAUGAACCUCCAGUGUACAACCCGUACUCUAACACCUACAAUCCAGGCUGGAGAGAUCAUCCGAACCUGCGCUAUAGAAACACAUAGUAGAGUAAUGCUCCUCACCCAUUCGGAGCUACGCAACAGAUACAACAACUUCGUUUCUAAGAGAAACAGCCGCCCCAAGCACCCACAAGCAACUUCAGUCCAUCUUUGGAAGACUUGGUGAAGUCUAUGGCUACCACUACCUUGCAGUUCCCAACAAGAGACGAAAAAGUUCCAACAAGAGAUGAGAUCGACCGUUGACAAAUUACAAGGUCAGAUCAAUCAAGUGUCAGAGGAGGUGAGGCAGCUACGUGAAAGAGGAAAGUGGCCUGUGCAGCCUGAGCCAAAUCCAGCAAAUGUCAGCUCCAUCACUAUCUGCAGUGAUACGAUGAUUGAAUGUUCUUCCCGGCCUAACCCAAAGAAUACGAGUGCUAUAACCCUUUGUAGCGGAAAUGAAUUGGAAUGUCCACCUCCUAUCUCAAAGGAACAGAAUGAGGAUCAUAUUGAAAUGGGGAUUGAGAUUGAAAAAGAAACUGAACUUCACGAAAAGGUACCUCCUAACUCUGUUCUUCCUACUGAAGCUAAAUCAACUCAUUUUCUUGACAGGUUGAAGAAACCACAAAAGGCAAAGAAACGAAAAAAGAUGAUGGAAAUAUUCAAGAAGGUGGAACUUAAUAUCCCGCUCCAGGAGGCUAUCAACCAAAUCCCCAAGUACACGGAGUUUUUGAAAGAACUGUGCACCAACAAAAGAAGAUUGCGAGGGGAUGAGUACAUUGUAGUGGGUGAGAACGUUUCGGUUGUUUUCAAAAGAAAGAUAUCACCUAAAACAGGUGAUCCAGGAAACUUAUAAAGUUGGUAAUGAGAAUAAACGAAGAACUGUGUUGACAAAACAGUUAGAGAAAAAACCAACUGGAGAGAGUAAGAUUAAAAAAAAGAUUGUUAAAAAGUGGAAAUGGAUUCCCAAGGGAUCACCAUUACUGGCAGCGAAAAAGUGUCAUAAGGAGAAUCAAAAUUUUAAGUCGAAGCAAAAGUGUGUGGCCAAUAGACAUCGCUUCAAAUCAUACCACGAGGGACCUUCACUUGAUCCUAUAAAGUCGGCACUCGUUGCCGAUUUUGAUGUUCAUAAUUGAUGCGAGACGAAGUCUAGCUCAAAAAUUAUAAAGAAA